AUGAACCUCGGCUUCGUUGGCAGAGUGAAGGGCGUUACCAUUGUGAAGCCGAUCGUGUAUGGAAACGUGGCACGGUAUUUUGGGAAGAAAAGAGAAGAAGACGGUCACACGCACCAGUGGACGGUUUACGUCAAGCCUUACAGAAACGAGGAUAUGUCUGCCUACGUGAAAAAAAUUCAAUUCAAGUUGCAUGAAAGCUACGGUAAUCCUUUAAGAGUUGUUACCAAACCACCGUAUGAAAUCACCGAAACGGGCUGGGGUGAAUUUGAGAUCAUCAUUAAGAUAUUUUUCAUUGAUCCAAAUGAAAGACCUCUUGACCAAGCUGUCCUAAAGUUGGUUGGGUGUUUUUUCUUUGCCGCUGUUCUUGGAAGGCUGUUUCGGUGCCUGUCGUGCUCUUCCUUUCCAGGAAGUACCAACCAGAGUAAGGUAACCUUGUAUCACUUGCUGAAGCUUUUUCAGUCUGAUACCAAUGCCAUCCUGGGAAAGAAAACUGUAGUUUCUGAAUUCUAUGACAGAAUGAUAUUCCAAGAUCCUACUGCAAUGAUGCAGCAGCUGUUAACAACGUCUCGUCAACUAACUCUAGGUGCUUAUAAGCAUGAAACAGUUUUUGCAGAUCUUGAAGUGAAAACCAGGGAAAAGCUGGAAGCUGCCAAAAAGAAAACUAGUUUUGAAAUUGCUGAGCUUAAAGAAAGACUAAAAGCAAGUCGUGAAACCAUCAACUGUUUAAAGAAUGAAAUCAGAAAACUUGAAGAAGAUGAUCAGUCUAAAGAUAUGUGACGAGUGUUGACUUGAUAAAGAACCUAUACUGAAAACGGAAGGACUUUAAUCAUGGAAUUGUAUGUGUUCUCUUGAAUUCUGUAACUGAGACUAUGUGAAUUUCGCUUGCAAAUGAUUGAAGUAGGUGGCAAUCGACUUCAUUAAUGGCAGAAAAAGGAAAGAAAGUAUCCUUGUUUGGGAUACUAAAAUCUGUGGGUACUUAAUGAUUUAUUUCAAGUAGAAGGGGUCUUGGAGACCAGACUACUAUUUUUUUUUUUUAAACUGCAUUUGAGCGGUGCAUAAAAACUUUGUAUUAAGUCUUGUAUUAGUUCAGUGUGAUUUUACAAAAUGCUGAUGUUUACUUUUUUUUUUACUUGUUUUUUCUACUGAUUGUUUAGAGAUGCGUCUUUAAAGCUGAAAAUAAAAUACGCUUUUUUUUUUUUGUCUCUGUCCAGUUGUGGGCUUCAAGAACAAUUGUAAAUAGCAUACCCUGAUUUAAGGCAGAGGUUGAAAUAUAAUGGUAUGCAAGUUCCUCAAGUCUGGUUACAGUGAUUUCUGCAUGUCUCGCUGUUAUCAGCACAGUGAAAAAACUUUCUGAAAACAGGAUUUUAAAUAACUUGUAUAUCUACAGAUAAGAGUUACUAGCCCCACGUCUGCUUUAACACAUAGAAAUGCAUCAAUUACACAAGUUAUGCUCAGAAGCAGGAAAUUAUUCCGGUCCUGUUUUGUAGAAGUUUGUUUAAUAUUUGUACUGUACUGCAUUUAUUCUUAAGUAACUAGCAAGUGUUCCCUCUGAAAAAUCAGUACGUGAUCUUUUGCCUGUAACACUUUUUUUUUCUUUUUUCUUUUUUCUUUUGUAGAGGUAAAAGAUCCUGAUAGAGAGGGCGCUGCCUCAGGUUUUGAAAAGGCUUGGGCAUCUUUUCUGCUGUUUCAAGAUACCGUGUUGCAGUAAACUCUGCUAGGGAAUCAAACAUCCCGCAUCCCCUCUCCCACAGAAAACAGUAUUAUCAGUGCUUUGAGAACCAUGCGCUAAUUUCUUCAUAUUUGAAACAAUUGAUGAUUGGCUUUUACCGUGGCUUGGUAAAGAUUCAGAACUGAAACAGUUUCAACACUCAAUACGUAGACUUAAGUUUUUCAUUAAGA